AUGUCAGCAGAAGACGGAGUAAAUGGAGAAGAGCAGAUGGAAGUGAAUGAGAAGCCAGAACAUGAAACUACUGAAGAGGUAAAAAUGGGACAAGAAGAAAAUGAAGAAGAUGAAAUGGAGGCCGAAGAGGGAGAAGAUAGCUUGGAAUCAAAAUUCGAGGCAGACUCAUUCAAGAGGUUUGAGUUGUUGCUGAAGAAAACCGAGAACUUUUCCCAUUGUCUCAGCGCAGGUGAUGUUGCUGCGUACAAAGGGUCACCUGUGAAGAAAAAGCGAGGCAGAACCGCCAAAACAGGCGUAGACGGUGAUCACAGGCACAGAAAGACUGAGCAGGAAGAAGAUGAGGAGAUGGCUGAGGAUGCUGUCAGGGAGGAACUAAUAAUGGUUUUCGACAAAAGCCCAUUUUAUAUUCAGAAUGGUGAAUUAAGAGAUUACCAAGUACGUGGCUUAAACUGGUUGAUAUCCCUACAGCACAACGGCAUUAAUGGUAUUCUUGCUGACGAAAUGGGUUUGGGGAAGACGCUCCAGACGAUCGCCCUACUUGGGUACAUGAAACACUACAAGAACCUGGCUAGUCCUCAUCUGGUAAUCGUGCCGAAAUCAACGUUAAAAAAUUGGAUGAACGAAUUUGCAAAAUGGUGUCCGUCUAUGGUAACUUGCUGCAUAAUAGGAGAUGAGAAGGAGCGAAACGAUGUGAUACACAAUGUAAUUCUACCUCAAAAAUUUGACGUCUGCUGUACUACUUACGAAAUGGUGCUGAAAGUAAAGACUCAACUUAAAAAGUUGGUGUGGAAGUACAUCAUCAUCGAUGAAGCUCACAGAAUUAAGAAUGAAAAGUCGAAGCUUUCCGAAGUCGUGAGAGAAAUCAAAUCGAAAAAUCGCCUGCUCAUCACCGGAACUCCGCUGCAAAAUAAUCUUCAUGAGCUAUGGUCCCUGCUAAACUUUUUACUUCCUGACAUGUUUUCUUCAUCGGAGGAUUUCGACUCAUGGUUUACUGAUGGUAGUAUGCAAGGCAAUACAGACAUCAUAUCUCGCCUUCAUAAGGUACUUCAACCUUUCCUUCUGCGUCGAAUCAAAUCUGACGUAGAGAAGUCUCUGCUGCCGAAGAAGGAAGUAAAGAUUUAUGUUGGUUUAUCGAAAAUGCAACGGGAAUGGUAUACAAAAAUAUCGAUGUUAUCAAUGGAGCCGGAAAAAUUGAUGAAUAUUCUGAUGCAUUUGCGUAAAGCAGCCAAUCAUCCUUACCUUUUCGAUGGAGCUGAACCCGGGCCACCAUAUACCACUGACCAACAUCUUGUUGAUAAUAGCGGGAAAAUGGUUGUGCUCGAUAAACUGCUAGCAAAGCUCAAACAGCAAGGUUCUCGCGUUCUGAUAUUUUCCCAAUUCUCAAGAAUUCUCGAUCUACUGGAGGAUUAUUGUUGGUGGAGACAGUACCAGUACUGUCGACUUGAUGGUAAUACAGCUCAUGUUGACAGACAGGAGUCUAUAGAUGCUUUCAAUGCUCCUGAUUCCGAGAAAUUCAUAUUUAUGCUUACAACAAGAGCUGGAGGUCUUGGUAUCAACUUGGCAACUGCCGAUGUGGUUGUCAUUUUUGACUCGGACUGGAAUCCGCAAAGUGAUUUGCAAGCUAUGGAUCGUGCACAUCGAAUCGGGCAGAAAAAACAGGUUCGCGUGUUCCGUUUAAUCACGGAGAAUACCGUCGACGAAAGAAUCAUCGAAAGAGCUGAAGUAAAACUGAGAUUAGACUCGAUUGUUAUCCAACAAGGAAGGAUAGCUGAAGCACAAAAGACGCUUGGAAAAGAUGACAUGAUUAAUAUGAUUCGCCACGGUGCUGAAUUGGUGUUUGCCACAAAGGAUUCAACCAUCACGGAUGAAGACAUCGAUGUGAUCCUAGAGCGAGCUGAAGUGAAAACAGCGGAGUUGAAUGCGAAAAUGGAAGAAUUAGGCGAAAGCAAUCUGCGAAAUCUCACUUUCGACAACAGCAAAUCCGUUUACAAUUUCGAAGGUGAGAAUUGGAAAGGUAAACAAAACGAAGGGAUGGGACACUUCUGGAUCGAACCGCCAAAACGUGAACGAAAAGCCAACUAUCAGGUGGAUGCAUACUUCCGAGAAGCUAUGCGUCAGGGUCAGCCAGCAGAAAAGCAGUCGCGAGCUCCUCGCCCGAAGCAGCCAGCCGUUUUCGAUUUUCAGUUUUAUCCACCUCGCCUUAUGGAAUUGCUGGAUCGCGAAACGUAUCACUACAGGAAAACCAUAGGCUACAAGGUUAGUGAACAACCUUUCGGUUUUCAAAAUCUUUAUUGCGUGUGUUCAUUAGCACAUGUGCCUGACUAG